GAAAAACAACAUAGUCAUCAAGAUGGCACUCAUGAGGGAUGCAAUUUUCCACAGUGAGGGUUUUGAUCCUUCUUCCCAAAUGUCACCGUGUGCAGAAACGAGGAAUCAAUCACUGGUGGCUCCUAGACAGAGAACCCAAGAGCCGACGUACAUGAGUGGGUCCGUGAUAGGACUAUGCUACGAAAACGGUGUCCUGUUGGCCGCUGACAUGGGUGCUACAACGCGAUUUACGCGGAUUCCCCACCAACCCCGGAUCCUCAAAAUCAACGAGAACACAAUGAUCGGAGUCUCGGGCGACUUUGCCGAUUUCCAGUACCUGGAGAAAAUCAUUGAAGCGAAAAUGAUUGAUGAGGAACGUAAGAACGAAGGAUUCCAAAUGAAGCCCCGGUCUCUGUACGUCUAUCUGAGCCGGCUUCUGUAUCAAAGACGCAACAACUUCAACCCCUUGUGGACGAAUAUAAUCGUAACCGGUAUGCAGGACGGUAAACCAUUCAUGGGCGUCGUGGACAUGAUAGGAACUGCUUUCGAAACCAAUCUGUACUCGACCGGUUUCGGAAACUACCUCGGCAUGGGUGUCAUGCGAGAGGCUGUGGAGAAGCACGACGGCAAACUGCCGUUGCAAGCAGCUGUCGAGGCACUUCAGAGCGUCUUGCGAGUUCUUUACUACAGGAACACAGCUGCGUUCCCUGAUUAUCAGAUCGGCAACUGUACAGCUUCGGGAGUCAAGAUCGAAGGUCCGAUGCGCAUCGACAGCGAGUGGGAGAUCGCUAAGCAUUAACUUCCGUUGGGAAGAGGAAUUUUACAGGCCCCCUUGCGCCGGGACGGUGAUCCGGAGGUGUCUCGUAUGUUCGCGAUAACAUUUUGGGUUCGAAUCCAUGGGAAAUAAAUAUAUAUGGAAGCUUCCGUUUA